UGAAAAUCCAUCCGGUGAAAGCAGAUCUGCCCCACGCAAGAGGGCGAAGCCGGUGUCCUGUCCUUAAACGCCUACAUCACCCGCGAGGUCCGGGGAGCACAGAGGGACUCAUGAAAGCCGGCACGGCCAGGAUCAGAGCGAAUGCUUUGCUGGAGCAGAGCGUCUCAUCUGGGGGUUUGAAGGAGCAGAAUCAGACCGUCUCGACCCUCGGAGAAACUCAACUAGACUCAAGAUGCUGACGAUCAAACUGCCCCAGCUUCUGAGCGUUCAUCAGAUGCCAAGGGUGUUUUGGGAAGAUGGCAUCCUGUCCGGUUACCGUCACCCCAAGAGCUCGGCCUUGGACUGUCUGCUCAGCUCCUUCCAGAUGACCAAUGAAACUGUGAAUAUCUGGACGCACUUCCUGCCCACAUGGUAUUUCCUUUGGAGGUUCUUGCUGCUCUCCUAUACAUUGGACUUCUUUGGCCAGUCCUAUAACUGGCCUCUACUGGUCUACAUGAUGCUCAUCUGUCUGUAUCCCUUCACAUCCAGCUUUGCUCACACCUUCAGUAGUAUGUCCGCGCAUGCACGCCACAUCUGCUACUUCCUGGACUACGGAGCCCUGAGCCUCUACAGUCUAGGCUGUGCCUUCACCUACGGUGCCUACGUAUUGCCAGAUCGAUGGGUAAACGGUCCCCUGCACCGCGUUUUCGUUCCAGUGGCGGCUUUUAACACGUUUAUUUGCACCGGUCUCUCCUGCUACUCCCGGUACGUGGAGGUCUCUGUCAUGUCCCAGUGCGUCCUGACGAGCCCCCACUCAUACGCUAAAUCUGGGUGUUCUUAUCUUUUUGUGACAUACAGGUUCCUGGAAGUGGAGCGUCCGCAUCUCAGUAAAUUCCUGCGGACCGUGGCGUUUGUCCAUCCCUUUGUGUUCGACAACAUCCCCCUGUUUUUUAGGCUUCUGUUGUGUUUUGGGGACGGCUGCACCUGGAAUGAGGCGGUUCCUCUGCACCUGUAUCAUCUCUUCUUCGCGUUGCUCACCGGCUUUCUUUUUGCGUCCCACCUGCCCGAACGCCUGGCCCCGGGACGAUUUGACUACUUUGGUCACAGCCACCAACUGUUUCACGUCUGUGCUGUGCUGGGCACCCACUUCCAGAUGGAAGCUGUACUAUGUGACCGCUCCAGCCGGGAGGCUUGGCUCACCCUCCAUUCUCAGCCCGACUCCCUCUCCAGCACCCUGGGGGUCGUGGCCACCUCGGUCAUCGGAAACAUAAUUCUAAUCUGUUUCUUCACGGCCACCCUGCUGUGGUCUCCGCGGGCCAACUCCAUAUUACAGAGCCAUGUUCCUGGAGACCCCAAAUGCAAGGAUCAUUGAGAUCUUCACAGCUCUCCCCAGAACCCGGAGGCAAGUGUGUCCGACCUGUACGUAGCUCUGUAUCCACAGCCAUACCUUUCCUGGGACUACCAGCGGUUUGGUCCUCCAUGUAUAGGGAAGCCCUACGGCUACUGGGUACAAGUUCUUCCAUGUUUAUCUCUUCUAGGACGACAGAGCUAAUUAGGUAAAGAUAAUGCAUUCAUUGGCUAACGGAACUGCAAUAAAUUGCUAGCUUUCAAGACUACUAAGGUCUCUUCUUUAGGCCUAUUUACGUAUUAUCUUUAGUCUCAAAGGCUUGCAAUCUAUCGCAAUUCCACAUGCUAAAAGAGAUAUCAUCUUUACCACAUUUGCUCAUUUCUUAUCCACGGCUAACAUUUAUGUACCUCUAGGAGAAGUGAGUAAGGUGUUACAUUCUAGAAAUCUAUUAACCUGUUAUCAUAUAGUUUUAUUGAGUAUAUCUGCCCCCAUCUCCGCUCUUCUGCGGCCAGAUUUAUCAAAUCCAGAGCGAUUCUGGACCCAAAUUGAUAAAGGUUAGGUUUUACAAUUUGAAAAGAUUUAUUCCGGGUUAUAAAGAACGUGGGACCGCUGGGUAUUUGUG